CGCAUACAUCGCCUGUCGAAAUGCCUUCUCAAAAGACUUUCAUCACCAAGGUUAAGCUUGGCAAGGCCAAGAAGCAAAACCGUCCUUUGCCCCACUGGUUCCGUCUUAAGACUGACACCAAGAUCCGUUGGAACGCUAAGAGACGUAACUGGCGUCACACCAAGUUGAACAUCUAAACAGCUUUUUAUCCUGAAAAAAAGCACUUUAUUUUAUUACUCUCUCUCUCUUUGCUGCGAGACCGUGCGUUAUUUUUCUGAAUUGUAUGCAACACACGGAGCCCACAAUAAAAUAAAAUAAAAAAAGAUGAUAUUCAACACUCUAUAAAAAAAAAAACGUUUCUUUUAACAGAUGUUGGACAACGACAGGGAAAGGGUUAUGGGGGGCUGUAGGAAUGGGGUUUAUUUCAACGUUGACCAUGAAGGUCAUUACUGUUUAAAUCAAGUUCACUGAUGAUUAAAAAAAAAG